GUGUGGCACCUAGGGAAUGGUUGCCCGGUAUGUUUUUAACAUAUAGAUAACGGGGGAAAUAGGUGCGCGACAAGUUGGCGUCGUUUUUCAGUGAAAGAUCAACUUCGUUGUCGUAGACAUGCAAUCUCAGGUGUUCUUGUCAAAUCGUUGCUUUUUGAAUUGCUCCAGCAGCUCAAGCAGUGCAAUUGUUUGGACCAGUGGCUAUUGAUAAACUCGCUGUAAGUUAUCCAACAGUUAGCUAUUAGCAUAGCUAGCUUAGCACAGUCACAGCCGGAGGCCCGCUGGGUCCCCUGUUUAGCUCGAGCGUAGGGGCUAACCACCUCUUUAAAUGUUUGCAAAGGAAACCCGACUGAAGGAAAGCAAGCUGCCACGCGUCGCACUCACUGAAGGAAUAUGUGUGAUCCCUGGCUGACUUUUGCACUCAUUUGGGGAACUUUCUGCACAGGGCUCAGUCAGGGGGAAGUGGAGACUCGGGAGUGUGUGUUCUACAAUGAUAACUGGCGGACGGAACGAACCAAUCAGAGCGGGCUGGAACGCUGCGAGGGUGAGAAGGACAAGCGGCUGCACUGCUACGCCUCCUGGCUCAACUCCUCCGGAACCAUCCGCCUCGUUAAAAAGGGCUGCUGGCUCGACGACUUCAACUGCUAUGACAGGCAGGAAUGCGUGGCCACGGAGGAGAACCCCCAAGUGUUCUUCUGCUGCUGCGAGGGAAACUACUGCAAUGAGAAGUUCACUCACUUGCCAGAGGCCAUUGCUCCCGCAGUGAAGAUCCGGCCUCCCCCGCCCCCUCCCUCGGUGCUGAGUGUGCUGGUGUACUCCCUGCUGCCGCUGUGUCUGCUCUGCCUGCUGCUGCUGUUGGGGGCCUGGCUGUACCGCCAGCGCAAGCCCCCCUACGGACACGUGGACCUCAGCGAGGAUCCUGGUCCCCAAUCUACCUCGCCACUUGACAGCCUGAAGCCACUGCAGUUGCUGGAGAUCAAAGCCAGGGGGCGCUUUGGCUGUGUGUGGAAAGCCCAGCUCAUGAGCGAGCAUGUGGCCGUCAAAAUUUUCCCCAUUCAGGACAAGCAGUCAUGGCAGAACGAGCGGGACAUCUUCCUGACCCCUGGCAUGGGCCACGAGAACCUGCUCCACUUCAUCGCCGCGGAGAAGCGCGGAACCAACCUGCAGAUGGAACUCUGGCUCAUCACCGAGUUCCACGAAAGGGGCUCUCUGAUGGACCAUCUGAAGGGAAAUGCUGUGAGCUGGGCGGAUCUGUGUUUGAUCUGUGAGAGCAUGUGCAGAGGCUUGGCCUACCUACACGAGGACAUGCCCUACAGACAGGAUGAGCCCAAACCAGCCAUAGCACACAGGGACUUCAAGAGCAAGAACGUGCUGCUGAAGACUGACCUCACAGCAGUGAUUUGUGACUUUGGGCUCGCGGUCCGCUUUGAGCCAGGGAGACCACCCGGAGACACACAUGGACAGGUGGGCACGCGGCGCUACAUGGCCCCUGAGGUGUUGGAGGGGGCCAUUAACUUCCAGAGGGACGCCUUCCUGCGCAUCGACAUGUACGCCCUGGGCCUGGUCAUCUGGGAGGUCAUCUCUCGCUGCACCGCCACCGAUGGCCCUGUGGAGGAGUACACGCUGCCGUUUGAGGAGCACCUGGGUCAGCACCCGUCUCUGGAUGACCUGCAGGAGGUGGUGGUCCAUAAGAAGCUGAGGCCCCUCUUCAGGGACUGCUGGCUCAAACACCAGGGCCUGGCGCAGCUGUGUGAGACGGUGGAGGAGUGCUGGGACCACGAUGCGGAGGCGCGGCUCUCGGCCGGUUGCGUGGAAGAGCGCAUUGCCCAGCUCUCCCGAGCGACAGGCAGCAACACCACCACCUCCGACUACUUGCUCUCCGUGGUCACCUCAAUGGCCAACCUGGACAUUCCGCUCAAAGAGGCCAGCACCUGAACGGACGAGCGCUCACUUGACCUCUUAAGAGGCAGAGUGAAGGAGAGAGAGAGAGAGAGAGAGAGAGAGAGACAGGGCUCUCGUCUGUUCCCAUCUCAGUGAAAACUCUCCCCUUUUUAUUUUUGGAAGAAAAUGGCUGCUAUUUUACCUCACGUUUUAGGUUUUUUUUUCAGGUUUUAUUUUUUUUCUGUCUCAUGUUUUGUUUUAUCUGUGUGCUGGAUGCAACUCAGGCUCACUACAGCACAGAGAGGGAGAGACUCCCGUAUUACCUCAUCUCUUUCUCCCGUCAUUCUCCGCUCUUGGUGACCAUCCUCUGACUCUGAAUCAUAGAGAGAACGAGAGAGAGAGAGAGAGAGAUUCAACUACAUUACCUCAACUUUCUUUCUCCACAAGUUUUUCUCUGGAUGACUUUUUUUUUACCUCAGAAAGAUUACCUCACAUUUCUUGUUUUUUGUCCUCUCUCGCGGGUUGACCAUGCUGUGAGUGUGACGUUGGUGCUGAGAGAGAGCGGGAGAUGGACGCACAAUACCUCAUAUCUGUCAUCUUUCUCUGACUGAGCACAAAGGCUGAGAAAGGGACUCAAACUACUGUGUUACCUCAUGUUCCCAACAUUCUCUCUCUCUCUCUCUCUCUCUCUCUCUCUCUCUCUCUAUCUCUAUCCAGUGAUGCUGUUGAUGUUUUUGUUGGUGUUGAUUGUUUUGACGCGUGUACCUCCACUCCUGCCGUAUUCCUGUCUGCACAGACGCUCCAAAAAUUACCAUGGCGAUUAUGGCGUUCUAGAUGAUUAGAGAAGACUGUUACCCAUAAUGCAUUGUGAGCCCCCCCUCGCUCCUCUUUGUUCUCUCCCUCCCUCUCUCUCACCUAGUCGGAUCUCUUUUCUUUUGUCAGGGAUGAUUUGAAAUAUUUUACAUAUUCAGAUCCUUUUUUUAUUAUUAUUAUUCUUUCAUGAAAUGUUCACUCCUCCUCAGUCUCCAGAGUCUGCAGACUGACUCUUUAAUUUGCCUCGUUUUGAGUGUGGUAAUUGCUUAACGAGGCGUGCAGGAGAAGAUGGUGGGGGUGUGAGCAGGUCUUGAGGGGAGUGUGUUCCAUGAGUUACUGGACUUAUGGAGGCCUCUCUGUGGUACAAUGGUGAAAGGCUUGGCCCUGCUGGCCACAUCACUGAACUGCAGCUGAUUGGGUGAAGGGUUGGAGUGGGAGGGGCCGAUGGAGGAGACAGAGCCAAUCAGGCACAUGAUGGGGAAGGGCUGGGCAGGGCUAAGCAGUCAGGGUCUAAAAGAAAAAUCUCAGGUCUGCCUCAGAUGUCAUGGAUCCUCUGUGCACAUACAGAGGUGUGUGUGUGUGUGUGUGUGUGUGUCUGUAUAUUCGUUUCCAGAUCUAUUUGUCUGUUAUCAGCAAUACAGCAUUGACCCAUUGACCUACCCCAUACGUAAGGCUCACAUAAAUAUACAUAAUUAUACUGAGACGUCGUUUGUCUCUUGUGCACACACACACACACACACACACACACACACACACACACACACACACACACACACACACACACACACAAACACCCACACCCACACACUGUGUGUCUGAUGCAAUACUGUGCCCUAGCAGGGGCAGGUCUGGCCACAGUGAUCCCGCUGAUCUCUCCUCAUGGACUCUCCCCUAGCUGGCAGCUUUUUUACUAAGACGGUACCUCUGACAAUUGAAAUGAAAUAUCACUUUUCUACUGUGUUUACUCUGUUUGUGUGUGUGUGUGUGUGUGUGUGUGUGUGU